GUCGUCGUCGCCAUGGGCGCGUGCGCGAGCAUAUGCGAGAGCACGCCGGACGUGCCGGCGAACAUCAUCGCCGACCCGGAGGGACCGAGCAAAUUCGUCGUCAAGUCGUGCUCGAUGUUCAACAAGGACUACGAAGUCUAUCGAGACGAAGUGGGACCGAACAAUCGCUGGCUGUUUCUGAAUCGCGAAGGGAAGGGUUUCUUCGACCCGACUGGGUACAUUGACUUGGAAAACUACACGCGAAUCGACCCGAACGAUAAGAAGAAAGGGCAAGUGCUGUGGAAGUUGAAGUACAACGAAAAACCGCACUUUGAUAUGGGGAUGUCGCUCGGAGCCGACUCGGAGGACGACGGCGACGAUAACCCCAACGUUCGAACCGUGACGAACAUGUUCAAGCAGAUGAUGCAACAGAUGCAGAUGGGAGAGAACAGGUUUUACUCUAUGAAAUGGCGCACGUUUUCCGAGGCCAAGUUGAAGUCGGUGAAGACCCCGGGCGGGGCGUACUCGGUGAAGAUCAAAGCCAAAGGCUACUGCACGCGUCAAGUGUCGGUGCACUAUACCAGAGACGAACAAGGACACCAACGUCGGAAUGUGAACGUCACCGACAAGGAGUACGUGACGAAGAUUUCGUACAAGAUCAAGACCGCCGAUGGGACGACGAUCGAUCGAUUCGAUCUCUUCUGCUGCGAAGGCUCCGACUUGAAGUGGGAGUGCGCCGCCUUCACCGCCGAGCUCCGCGGCGGUUGGAUUUCCAAGUACCCGCACGAGAUCACGACCAAGCCCGGCAUCGAUCCCGGUUUCGCCUUGCUCUUCGCGCACGUUUGCGUCACUGAGUUUGCACCGGACGAGAUCAAGAAGGACUUGAAGCCCAACUGGAAUCAGUGCCCCGGAUACAUCAAUCCGUAUUGAUGAAACCAACGUUCCGCCGCGUUCCGUUCCGGCGCGCGACGUGACAUGCGUCUACGAAUGACUCUAUUUACGG